GGCAGAACGCGCCCGCGCACCGCCAGUCGGCAAUCCGCCCGGGCGGGCGCCACACACACGACCGGAGUCUGCGCGCGCGAUCAGCGGUAUCGAAAUACAUCACAAGUGCACCAAUACGAAUACCAACGACCGAAAGGAUUUGCGAGCGCGAUUCUGUGAAUCAAAUACGAGUAAAGUGAACGAGUCUCGAGUGCAGAGCAAACGACAGACGCCGCACCACGAGAGAGCGAUUAUAGGGUUCAAAGAGCCCACGACGAAACGAUUCGAGACGCAACCGUAGAAGCAUUCGCGGUGUCUCGAAAUACUGCAAAUCGCUCGGUGACGGGUCAGGCACCUCACGCUGCACUGCUCUUAUCUUAGUCGUAUCAAAACGAAAACUCGAAAAACACCUCUAUCAGUGGCCACGAUAGGGGUGUACUUGUUUAUAUAUGCAUAUAUAAAAUGGAGAAAACUGAUCUCUAACGUGACGUCACAAAUUUGUGAUCAUUAUUAUUGUUAAAGCUUGUAUUCGCAUUUUCGACGUGUAUAGUUAGUUUUUGUACGUAUUUAUUGAUGUUGUAAAUAGAGAAAAUAAUAUAGCCAAAAUAAGUGUGACAUUGCGUUAAUAUAACUAUAAUACUAGUCAUUCAUCUAGUGUAUCUAUUUAUUUAAAUAUUAUGAGUCUUGUCUGUAGAGUAAUAAUAAAAACUUGAAAAAUUAAAGUGAAUAACAGAGCUUACAGUAGCUACCAAAGAGUUGGGAAAUACGCGGCAAACCAACAAAAAGUUUGACAACUAAAUAGGCGGGAAAUCGCGACCACACGUGCCACAGAGCAAAUAUAUCGGCCCGACAACCUAAUCAUUCGUAACCACAGAAUAUAAAAACUGGAUUAUAACACAGAGUUAAUACGUCCGCCAGAAAGUUCGUGGCCACAACCAGAUAAAAAAUUAGUGGUCAUAGGACAUAUUUUUUCAAAUCAGUCGGCCACAGAUAAACAAUAUGAGCAACGAGAUGCAAACACAGAUAGGCAGUGGUGGGCUGCAGAGGAGCUACAGGAUGCAGGACUUUGCGUCACCUGGCGUCAUCAUGAGGGAGCGCAGUUUCAUUCGCCCUCAGUCACACCAUAAUAUGCAUCAUAAUCAGUUUCCGAAUAACGGGAAGCGACGGAGCAUGAUUCUGACGAACGCCAAGGGCAAACCCACGCUGGAGAUAUACAGACCCCCAGGUGUCCGCACAGACGCACCAGCCACCACCAACAAGCUGAACGUCCACGCCAAGGAGUUCACCAUGGCCAAGCCCGCUGAUCACCAGAAUCGACCAGCAAUGGGCGUGACCUUCGGAGGAGGGCUGCAGCACUCCCGCUCGGCCGUGCUGUCGGCGCAGGUGCCCCCGCAUUACCGUCCCGUGAUGCCCGUGCACGCGCUCCUCAACAGCGCGUCCAGCGGCCACGUGGCGCAGGGUCCACGUGUCCACUUCAAACUGCAGCCGCAGCAGAACUUCCCAGAGAAGAAGAAGUCCCCUCCCUCCUCCCUCACCAACGGGAACGGGAAGAGCAUUCGUCCACAGUUCGUCCCCGGGCUAAAGCGCUCCAAGUCGCUCACGUCAGCAGACGCGCUAGCGAGUGGAAUGGCGGCGUUAGGACUGGCUGCUGAUGCAGGGGACCUGGGGAACUUUCCGCAAGAGAUACAGGAGUGCAUAGACAAGGCGCUCGAAGACCCUAACUCCGUAUGCGCACGAACCCUAAUGGACGCCGUGGGGCACCUGGUGUCCCGCGCGGUGGAGUCGCCGCGCUACGCCCUCCCGGCCGCGCGGCGCUGCAUCGCCGUGGUGGAGCGCGAGCAGACCGAGACCUUCCUCGAGUCGCUGCUCAACACCUGCCAGCAGUGGUACCACGACAGGGAGAAGCUGUUGGGCACAAUCGUAGGCGGAGGCCGGCCGCGGCUGAUGGCGUUCCUGUCGUUCCUGCUGGAGAUGUACUGCCAGCUGCGCCGGCGGGCCAUCCAGCGGCGCGGCGCGUCGGCGCAGCCCGGCCACGUGCUGCUCACGCUCAUCUGCAAGUGCUGCGAGGACUGCAUCCGCCAGCCCGUGCCCUCCGCCGGCGACACGGAAAACCUGUUCUUCGUGCUGACGUACAUCGGGCGCGACCUGGAGCAGGCGCUGCCGGGCGACCUGGAGCGGCUGCUCACGGCCGUGCGCGACGCCUUCCUCAACACGCACGCCGCGCCCUCCACGCGCCGCACGCUGCUGCAGCUCAUCGAGCUGCACGCCAGCCGCUGGCAGCUGCCGGGCUGCGCCGUGCUCUACUACUACCCCUCCUCCAAGUAGGCGGCCGGGGCGGCAGAGAUCUGCGUACACCGAUGUGUCGUCGCAAAGUUUGCGAACUUGCGGAAUUUCCACGUGGAGAACUUUAGGAAACUUGUCAUAUUUUUGAUGGGAAUCGAAAUUUUCCAUUUCCAAAAUUAAAGUUUCCUGUGAAAUUUUACAGAAAUUUUAAGGACUUUGAAACUUUCGGCAACUUGAACAUCUGCGUAGAUAGAUUGGGAAGCUAAUUACGAAGCUCCGCGCGUAUAGCUUAACUGACGUUUACAUCCUUGUGGUAUUAAGAUGAAGAUGCGUUUUGACCGUCCGACGGUACGCGUGAAAUAAACGCGCGAAUGGCGCGCCGCACCGGGCUUUGGCCUUAGGAGGAGGGUUUUCUGAUAAACUGAGUCUGGUGCGCCUUGUUAAUUACGUAGAUGCAUGCAUAAAACUGCUGCAAGCUCAGAUCAAGUGCCUUUCAAAUUCAUUACACAUUUUCAACACUUUCAAGAUAUUGAACACAAGUUUCCAACGGAAACAUGUAUGAAAUUUCUUUUAAAAGUGCGAAAAUGGGCUGUAUAAUAUUUUAGAUUAGCUCUAGGUGGAUUAUUAUGUAAAGGAGACGAAGAUAUAUGCCUUAAAAGUAUUAAAAAGUACGUGUAACAUAGGUAGUUGACAAAAUGGUGUACACUACUGUACGGUCCCCGCAUAGUAUUUGGUGCAUUGCAACCUUUGUCGUUUGUUUAUUAUUCUAACUCUAGGUACCUAUUGCCGUCUCCGUAGUACGCCUCUCGCUUUUUGUAUACUUGUGCCGUAUAUAGCAUUGUUAGUUAUUCAAUACCUAAUAGCUGUCUUGAAGAUUUUACUAGGGCUUACUAGGCACCAUCAGUUAACCCUUUUCCAGGCAUAGUACGAUUUAUCGACCACUACUACCAUCGACCACAUACGCGCCACUAGAAUUUCAAGUUUAGCAUUCCGAUAGAUUCAAAUUAGAUUGCACUUUCGGGAAAUUUGAUUUGUCUUCAAAUGAAUCAUCAAAGCUGGAUUAAUUGGAAUAUAUUUGGAUUUUUCGGGAAAACCUUGUAGAUUGGUGCGGCCUGGAAAAGGGUUAAACAAUUAAUUAAAGUUAGUAAUCUUUUCAAUACAAGCACGCAUGAUUUAAUAUUAUGGAAUUCAUGUUUUUAUAUUAUUCCCUAAAUUAUUAACUAAUUCAGCCAGCUUAUGUAAUAGGGUCGAUCAACUAUUUCUUGUUGUUAUUCUGUCCCAUCAGCCAGGAGACAAUAGUAGCAUAGUUUCUUAGAAGAGCUGCUGUACCAUGUUCUACAAACGUGCUUAGUAGAUGUCCCAUUAUGGAAAGGCCUUAUAACUACCAAAAAAUUCAAGUUUGGUUCAUUUAAAUACGAAAUAACUAGUAUUUUAAGAGUGACCCAGGAGACCGUGACCAUGGCAACUAGUGACAAGAAAAAGUUGAUUCACCCAAUAAGCAAUUUUAUUUUGUUUACCCUUUUUGUUUCAACAAACGUUUGACUGAGAUUAGCGCGAGAAUUUCAAUGUUUAUUAUGCUUGUGAUAUUAUUUAAAUUUAAGUUACUGUAGGGUCUGUCUAUUUCUGUCCUAACCAAAGACUGUAAUGGCGUCGAUAUGUCUUAAUUAACAAGGAUUAAUCAAAAUAGUUGUUGAAGCUGGACCAAAAUUUGUUUUAUGUAUUUUACCACACUCUUGACUUGUUUAGAGAUAAGUGAUACCAUAGUACUUUUAAGUUCACAUUUACAUUAACAAGCACAAUUUAAAGGCAUUUAUUUGAUUGUAACAUUGAUAUCAUGACAAAUACAUAGUAAAUUCAAUUUUUCUGCUACGCGAUCGGCGAUAGAUGGGUCCUGUGACACUUCAAAUGACAUUUCUUGUACUGAUGCCAAAGUAUAGAUGAUUUUACUUUUUUUUAGGGCAAUGGUAGUAUUGUAAAACAGCCAAGUCAGUUAAAACGUAGUAACUUAUGUAUGAUCCAUCUUUCGCCGAGCGAGGUAUAAUUUGGGUCACAAAAAUGGAGAAUUCAUUUUUUUAAUACCAAGACCAGUCGGGAAUGGAACUAGAAAGUGAUUCAGAUACUGACAUUAUCAAAGAAACUUUUCUCGAAGACUUGAUGCCUAAAACUCGUAUGAAAACUCCCAUGCGAAUUAACCACACGGUUGUACCUUAUAGAAAUCAUUAAAAUUAACCUCCUUUAUUGUGCUAACAUCUAUGAUUGAUAAGUGGGUGGUUCAUUAAAAAAUUUUAAAAUGUUUUACUCAGAGGUUCACAACUGAAUUUGUCUUGAUACUUGACUUGUUAUCAAUGUUACUAUAUUAUUGUGGUGUUUCCACAAUAAAAAUCGGCCAGCAUAAUUAUUUAUGUAGAAAUGUAUUUGAUUGUUUAAUAUGUGUAAAUUAAUUAUGAACUUUGUGAAGCAGUGUCAACUUUUAAGUAUUACUGUAACACUUUAUUAUAAUGUGUGGGACUUGUAUAAGUCUUUAGUGAAUGUUGUAAAUUCAUGUUAGUUGAUUCACAAUGUAAAUUAUAUGUUAGAUUAACAUAUAAAACACAAAAGACCAUAACUGUUCAUUACAUAUUACUAUGCAUUCUUAGCAGGUUAAGGUAUGAUUUAUA